AUGAAACCGGAUUUGCCGAAAGUUGACAGAGUCGUUCCCAUGUAUCUUUCUUCUUACGAACACAAAAAAGACGUAGACUUGGCUCAAAUGGCUGAAGAGGACUUAGGUGAGUCAAUUACUUGUGCACCAUACCAUGGUCCUACACAAGAUCACGAACAUAUACAUUCAAUGGCCGCUCUGCGCGGUAAAAAAUCUGCACCAGCCGCUCCGUCUUCGCUGAAAACUGUUAAUUACUGCGCUGAAUAUCAUCCCUUUAUGCCAAAUGAAUACACAUCAUUUUGCGAUAGCUUAAAGGAAUGGCGCAGGCUUCAACAUUAUGACGAAAGCUCAAGUGAGAGUGAAGAUGGUGUGCCACGUCGACCACAAUAUGCUCCUCCUACGAGCUAUCAGUUUCGAUCAACUGAAUCGGACCAAGGCACUCAAUCACAGAGCGUAAAACGGUGCUCAAUCUUUUCAAAAUGCGGCUCCCCUCCUGGUCCACCCCCACUUCCACCACUGUCUGUUCUACGGAAAAAGUCUACGUCACCUAUUGACAAUGAAAUGCAGGACACGAAGCGUGCCUCUGAACUGCUUAGUUGUGAUGUACCUGACACUGCAAGCUUUGCUGAAAGAAUCAUGGCAAAAUAUGGCUACAAGAAAGGGCAAGGACUGGGUCCUGAAGGAAACAAAGGUAUUGCUGCGCCUCUAGAAGCAACAUGCAUUGGUGGCAAGGGUCGGGGCUUGGUCGUCAAUCCAAAUGUGGAUCCGUCCGGCGACAAUUCAUACGUGCAAUUCGGUGAUCCCAGCGAAAUUGUCGUGCUCGAAUACUUCGAUCCAUGCCAAAUCAAACUUUCAGAUUUGCGUCAAGAUGUUGAAGAAGAGUGCAACCGUUACGGUUUUAUACAAAAUAUCAUCAUUUAUCCUCAUGAUGAUAACGGUCUCUUGCGUGUGUUUGUUCAGUUCACCGGUGCGGCUGGUGCCUACCGUGCUGUUCGUGCAUUGGAUUCAAGAUUCGUAGCAGGCCGAUCCAUUCGGUGUCGAUACUAUCCCGCUGAGGCUUACUUUUCGGGUCAAUUUGUAGCUUUACAAAAUUAA